AUGCAUACAUAUCAACGAUAUCCAUUUCAAGAUAUUCAAUGCAUUGAUGUAUUUGAACAGUCAGUACCAAGAUGUGUAAAAUCUGUUCAUGAAGAAUUAGAAGGACAAAUUCAAGCCAAUGAACUCCGUAUUACUUUGUUGACGGAACAAACUAAACGUUUACGUAAUGCCUUACUAGUUAUGAAUGAAAAGCAUGACGCGAAUAUUCAUACGACAAAUGUAAUAAAACAAGAAGAUACCGAAUUAUUGUCACCAAAAAUUGAUCAUUUAACAUUGAACAAUAUUACACCGAGUAUAAGUAGAUCAAAUUCUUCUAUUUUAUCAAUUGACAAGAUUUCAACAGAAAAUCAAUCAACAAAAGAAGAUGCCUCAUGCAUACGUUCUAAAACAUAUACAAAAUCAAAAAUUCUAUCGAAUGGAUCUGUUGAGAAUCAUUCAAAUAUACAAUUGUGGUCUGGUCCAAGUGCAACAGCAAAAGGUAUUGUGGUGAAAGCUUAA